AUGCCCGACAGUGGGGAUAUCGGGGCGCCGGCCCUUGGGGUAUGCUGGGGACUCUCCACCGUCGCUUUGACAGUAACGAUCGCCAGACUCUAUACCCAGUCGCGGAUCACCCGUCAGCUUGGACUGAGUGAUGCCCUGUUGGCAGUAUCCACUUGCAUCGUUCUCACCUUUGCAUCUAUCAUCACCGUACAAUACCACUAUGGGUGGGGUCGACACCAGAGCACGCUCACUACCCACCAGCGCAUCGAAGCCCUCAAAUAUAAUGCGAUAGGUCAGAGCUUUGGCGUCUUGGGUUCCACCUUUGGUCGUCUCUCCACAAUUGCGACCAUGUUCACUCUCUUUGGGAUAAACCGCAAGCUGCGGCGUGGACUUUGGGCAAUUUCCGCGGCACAGAUCAUCACCAAUGGCGCCGUUGUGGUGUGUUUAUACGCGCAGUGCACUAAUGUCGUCUUGCUUUGGGACUCGAGUGCUUCUGGCACAUGCUGGAAUGCGGAUGUGCAGACGUACUUUGGAUACGCGCACUCGGCCUUCAACGGCGCCACUGAUCUUUUCUUGACCUUCUUCCCUGCGUAUAUGAUUCGGAAUUUGCAGAUGGACCGCUGGACAAAACUUGGAGUAGGAGUCCUUCUAGGCUUGAGUAUUCUUGCUGUUGUUGCCGUUGUCAUGAAGAUUGUCAAUCUCGAAGCCCUUGCAAAUCGGGGCGACUAUACCUAUAAUACGGUUGCUCUGUUCACUUGGAUCUUAGCCGAAGCCAUUCUCCUCAACAUCGCCGCAUCCGCUCCUGUCCUCCGUCCCCUAUACAAGAGGAUCUUGAAAACCGAAUCUCGCAAUUACUCGUAUGAGAUGAAUAGUCGCGAGAUGACAAGGAGCCACAUCUCCCGCAAUCAAGGCGGCAUCAAAAGCCACGAUUCUGCAAGUGACAAGGCUGCCAUUCUAGCCAAUCAGUCGUCGCAGGAUAAUUACUAUCACAUCACAGUGAAGCAAUCUUAUUCUGUGACUAUGGCCGAUUCGGGAUCUCCUUGA